UCUGCUCUCGUCUAAACGGGCAUUAGCCUGGCAGGCGCACCACCCCGAGAGAGAAGGCAGAAAGCGAGAAGCAAACGAUGGACGAAACCCGCAGCGGCCACAAACGAAGGAGAGACUCUUCUUCACCUCCUCUCGAUGUCGCCUCCUUCGAUCGCAACGUCUUCCCUCUCCUCCUCGCUGCUGCGUCCUCCAGAACCAGCCCAAACCAGCAUUCCCGGUCCGUCCUCCGGCGCUUCCUCCGCUCACGUCUUGCCCUCAUCUCGACUCGCCCAUCUUCUUGUACUACCCCGAAGUCUCUGCUUCCCAACGGCCUCAUCGCCCUUCUUCCUCUACUCCUCACUUCUAGGUGGCCGUCAGUGGUCAGAUUGAGUGCAGAUGUUGUCAGAAGCGCGGCCCUCUACUCUAUAGAGAUGAACGAGGUAUUAGCUUUGAAUGGUGAAAUCGCGAAAGGAUUAGUACUUGCCUUGGGUAACGGAAGGCGUCAGGUGGCCAAGACAGUCUGUAAUGCUAUAUUGGACUUGUCCAUUUCUCAGGCCGGUAGAGAGCAGCUUUGUAAAGCCCUCUCAGUGGAGAGAUUAUUAUCUUUGUUUUAUCAGGAAGUUCAGGUUAAUCGUGUAUUGGCUGUUCAUCAAGGUAUGAGAAAAGAAGCUGUUGAAUGUUCAAAAGGAAGGCCUAUGAAUGAAAGCUUUGUAGCAUUAAUCCUUGCUGCAGCUGUAACUCUCAUAAAUAGUUCUACUGAGGAUUUCUUGGAUAGGAUUCCUAGUGAGCUAGUAAAAAGAUGCUUGCCUUUAUUGCAAGAAAUUUGGAAGAAAAGUCGAUGUCCAUUGUUACAUGGUAAUGGACAAAGAUGUUGGCACAUAAUGAAAAAUGGUCUCCCUACAACUAUUUUUAAACUUUCUAUGAACCAAAACCUUGCAACCUGGAAUUAUGACAAGAUUAGGGUAACCAUGUUUGGUGAUGCAGGCUCUGAGUUUGUUACUUUUGUAUCUAAAUAUUGGGAGAAGUCACCAGUUCUACUAAGUGAGGUGAUAAAGAAUCUGGAAAAAGAAAAUGGGGUUUUUAGAUGUUUGAUCAAUUCUUUUAAUCAUCAAUCAACUAAUGAUAUCCUUGACUCAGUGUUGAUGAAACUAGUUUCCUGCCAGCCUCUUGCUUCAGAUGAACUAGACAUAAAUUGUUUCUUAAAUGAGAACAGUUCCUUGGGUUCCCCACUCAUAUAUGGAUUAGAUAUUCGGGUUGUGAAAGCGCAACAAGUACCAUCAGAAUCCUUCAAAAAGAAAGAAGUACACUUUUUUGACAGUAGUUCAGGCAUAUUAUUUAGUGAAGGUGAUUAUGCAACCAAAUGUAAAAAAGCAUUUCAAGAUGGUUUUACAAUUGCAUUACGAGGAAUGGAAUUUCGGUUUGCUGAAAUUGCUUCUAUUACUAGAGGGUUAGCAGAUUUAUUUGGUCAACCAUCAGUGGGGGCAAAUUUGUACAUCACACCACCAGGAUCUCAGGGUUUAACUUUCCACUAUGAUGAUCAUUGUGUAUUUGUGUGGCAACUCUUUGGUCAAAAGUACUGGUUUGUUUCAUCUUCUCCAACAUCUAUUUUACCCAGGUUAUAUGAACCUAUUAGCAGUUUGCCUAGCAUAGAGAAUGAAAAAGAGGGAGGCUUACAGAUGUUUCUCAACGAGGGUGAUAUUUUAUACAUCCCUAGAGGUUGUCCUCAUGAGGCUCAUACAAAAAAUGAUGCCUAUAAACCUCAGCAAGAAUUGUGUUCUGGCCUUUCCUUGCAUCUUACACUUUCUAUGGAGGUUGAGCCACCUUUUGCGUGGGAAGGUUUUGCUCAUGUUGCUCUCCAUUGCUGGCAUGAGAUGCAGAAAGAAGCAUCAGACUGCAUCCCAAGCAUGGAAGCCAGGAGAAGAAAAGUCUUUUCUGUAUUUCUUUUGCAUGUGGCUAUCAAGCUUAUAGCUGAUGAUGUUUCUAUCUUCAGGAAAGCUUGCUUGAUCGCUGCCAAAUUUGUAGAGCAUCAUGCUGAUACCCUUAGGUUAAAUCAGAAAGCUAACUUUUUAAAGAUAAUUAAUAUAAUCGACGUUAGCUCCAAUUUCACGGAAACAUUUGAGAAAACAGUUGUUCAAGAAGCAAAUGACAAUUUCUUGGAAUGGAUGAGGUGGCUCCGUCAUUUGCCUCAGAGGGGAGUUGAGGAUGUAAAAAUAGACUUUGAUGAUCCUUCAAGAAUGCGGAGUGAACUCAUUGAACUAUCUAUCAAAGGGAAUGAAGAAAUGAAGGAUGAAUUCUUUCAGACUAAAUCAAGAUUUUGCAGAUCUCUUGUUUACGAAGAAGCAUGUAGAAUGUUUCAGGUAAUGCUGGAGAAGUAUAGAAGAACAAGGAAUCAGUAUAUGAAUGGGAUGUUGGCCCUUCAUACUUAGUAUUUGAAAAUUUUAUGUAUUUAUCUGGAAUAUUAUCAAUUUAGCCGAAUUCUUGUUUCCUGUUGUGUGAAGGGUAGUGCCAUCAAUAUUAUCGGCGUAAUUUUUUUUUUUUUACUUUAGCAAACUAAUAUGCUGGGAAUUAUUUUUAAUUCACUGAAUAGUAUUUGAUUAAAUGUGAGUGGCGAUUAUCA